GAUGAGUCCACAACAGAGCAGCCGAUCGCGGACCUUCAAAAGCGGACACCUACCAGAGUAAAACACCAGAAGGCCUGUGGGUCUGUGGACUCUUGUAAGAUUGGAUAGAUAAGUAUUUUGCAAUGGUAGAGCACCUUUCGAGUUAAUCAUGCAUCACGCUCUUCUAGUCGACGAUAUCGUUCACGCAAUUCUGACACAUGUCACGUCCACGGACAUUUUCAACUUUGCCCGAACGUGCUCGGCAGUUUCUGACCCUGCCCUCGAUAUACUCUGGUCUGAACAGUCAAGCCUGGUGCCCCUCAUCAGGUGUCUCCCUCGAGACACCUGGGAAGUCGGAAAGGACAAUUACAUAUACUUGUGUCACGAGCCGCUCCCCAUGGAAUGGGAGCGUAUCAAAAUGAACGCGUCCAGGAUACGCAGGCUUAUUCCCAACUCCAAUCGCACUUCUUACCCCAAACUGCAUAUUAGCGUCCUACAUCAACUUUUCGCGUCGUUCCCGCCUACUUCCAUCUUCCCGAAUCUGUGCGCAUUGCAUUUCGAAGCAGUGUCUAAUCUGCUGGAGUGUCGUUCAGACCUCUCGCUACUUCGCCAGUUCCUUUCGCCCGCAUUAGAAUUGCUCUCCUUUGACGUACCGUCAGGUGUUCUAGCGGACGAGCUAGACCGAUUGGUCGCUGCUCUUCCAGAAGCGUCGGGCCUGCGGCAACUGUCAAUUUCGGUGGAUCCGAGUCCGCAUGGUUCUCAUUUGACACUGCCUCUCCAGAACAUGCAAAAGUUAAAUGUACUGUCCAUGGACGGGGUCGAUGCGUGUCCGAUGAUGCAUAACAUUUCUAAUCUCCAGCAUCUGCGCCACCUUCAUUCCCUCGUACUUACUUUACAAGAAGGAUCUGGUGGCAUGGAAAAAUUACCUUCGGGUGAUAUGCCACUGGAAUUGAGUACCCUCAAAAGCUUCGUGCUCUAUGCCGAUCGCAUUCAACGGUGCACACAUUUCCUUCUUCGCGUCGUCACCCCACAAUUAUCCAGCAUUUCUAUCAAGUAUCAUAAACAUGCCUUACAAGAGGAGGUCAGGGAGUUCGUGCUGUCUCUCCCAACAUAUUGCCAAACAUUCGCAUCCCUUGAAGAGAUUUCUGUUGGCUCGCUUUCGGCUUGGGAGCCUCACCCCGGCAGCACUCUCCCUUCUGACAUUUUCCGGCCUUUACUAAAAUUCAGAAAACUGGCAAUUGUCAAUUUCAUCGAGGUGGGAAGAUACCGUCUUGAUGAUGCAUUCAUCGAAGAUGCUGCAGCUGCGUGGGCAGAUCUUCGUGAACUAAGGUUUGCCUCAAAUCAAACCGAUACUUCCACAGUCCGAGUCACGUUAACCGGAAUUCUUUCAUUGGCUUCGCGGUGCAGAUCACUUCGUAUCCUGCAUUUAACGUUCAAUGCUACAGCAUUCCCGACAUUUCCUCAUGCAGCGGAUGGAAGACCGGAGUUUUGGCCCACACAAACAGCGCUCCAAAAGCUGCAUGUCGGACACUCGAAGGUGGCGGCAGACGCAUAUGUCCCUUUCUGGCUAGCCGUAGUGUUUCCAAAUCUAGGUGAUCUCACCUGGUAUGAAGCGCCCGGUAAUACUAUGUGGCUCGCAUUAGCAGAUGUACGGAAAAAACUGGUGAUUGUUCAGGAAGUGGCUCCAGCCAUGACAGAAGCCUCCUUGCCAUCCUACCUACUGCGCUCUAUAAUGGCGGAGGGUCUGCGGGUGGGGGCGUAGCUGCGUCUAUGUUGGGAGAUGAAGUGGGGGAGCACAAAGAUGUUUUGUAGGAUCAUGGGAAGUCUCAUUGUAACCAGGCGUCUAUAUGUGUGAUAUAUUAGCUGCUGGCCUUUAUGCCCU